UAGUUAACGGUUGGGCUUAUGGAGGCCUUCCAGUGUGGGUAUGAUUGACACCUUCAUUAUCACCAUUUGUGCAUGUAUUUCCAAUCUCCUCCAUGCUGUGUGGAGAACAUUAGUGUCCGAGCCGGCCGGUUUGCCAGUGCCUAACGAGGAGCGAGGCCCUUCUUUUAGGCAACUCAUGGAGGACUUGAGUCCCAGGCAACUGGCUGUCAAACAGCUGAAGCAACAGUUCCUGGACGCCCUGUUGGCCAAUGAUGCCCAGGAGGUCAAGCAGAUUCUACACGCCGCAAAACUAGAUAUUGACACGGUGCUAGAGGUGGAUGACCCCAGUAUGAUGCUGGCCUCAUACAAGCAAGGUUACUGGCUCCCAGGCUACAAACUGGAGAAGUCCUGGGCGAUGGGUAUUCAUGUAUGUGUUAUGUACAAUGCUGUGGAAACGGCACUGGUGCUCCUUGAGGAGGGUGCGGCCAUCAACCGGAUGCCCAAUGGUAAGGCGCCGCUUCACGUCGCCUGUGAAGCCUCCAACGAUGACUGUGUCGCCUUGCUUUUGGCUCACAAGGCCAAAGUCAACAGCCUGUCGCUGAGCGGACACACGCCACUGCACUACUGCAUCACCAGCGAGUCUGUGGCCUGUGCCAAGCAGCUCCUCCUCAAAGAUGCAAAAGUCAAUAUGCCCAGCGACAACAAAGAGGAGGACACACCUUUACACACAGCGGCAAGAUUCGGCGUCCCAGAGCUGGUGGCUCUCUACUUGGCCAACGGAGCGUCUGUGGAUGCAGUAAACUCCCUCCAAGAGACUCCGCUGAUGACUGCGUGCUUCUGGGCUUUUGACGCUAAAGAGCAACUCUACAGCCAAGAUCACCAUCUUGUCUGUCGUCUCUUGCUGGACCACCAGGCAGAUCCCAACCUCCGAGAAGAAGACAAUAAAACAGCCCUUCACAAGGCAGCCUGGAACUGUGAUCACAUCCUGAUGCAGAUGCUGCUGGAGGCUGGAGCAUACACACGAGCCAUGGACAUCAAUGGCUGCGCCCCCAUUCAGUAUCUCCUCAAAGUGACGGACGUCAGGCCUAUGGCUAUACCUGAGCUCUGCUAUCAGGCGUUGCUGAACCAUAACGCUGCACGGAUCUACCCACCACAGUUCCACAAGGUGUUGCAGAACUGCUAUGACUGCCCCAGAGCAGUAGAAGUCAUGGUCAACUCUUAUGAACGCUUAAAGCCCACAAACAAGUGGAGAGAUGCCAUUCCUGAUGACUGCUACAAGCGACACAAAGACUUUUACGACUCUUUGUUCGCCGUUUGCGCCAACACUCCUCGCAGUCUGCUUCACCUGACCAGAUGUGCCAUCAGAGCCAGCCUGGAUGGGUCCUGUCACAGAGGGGUAGCACAGCUGCCUCUGCCAUCUCCCAUGAAAAAAUAUUUACUACUGGAACCUGAGGGGAUACUGUACUGAUGAAGAGACCUCUGCUCAUAAAAUCUAACUGCUGUAUGUGAAGAUACACAGACUGUCACCUGACAAUUUUAAUAGAAACAUUCACUUCCUGUCUGCAGACUAUGGAAAGUGAAAAUGCUGCUAGUUGGAGCCGGCACUAAGAAGUGUGUCUUUUAUAUAUUUGUGCACACCAUUCCCAGAGGCUUUUGUCUGGAACAUAAGAAAUCUCUCUUUGGUGUUUGGCAGUGCCUGAGUGGAACUCUAAUCACGUGACUUACUAGAAAACUGAUUUAUGAAGGCGGCUUGAGGCGGGACAUGACAGAGGACGACAUCCAAGUAAUUAGGAAAAAUAAAUAAAUUGACAAAGGUUUGAGAGACAAAUGAAAAAAUAGCAAUUUAAUGAUGAAAAUGUAUGUGUUUAUUACAACAACAACAACUAUAGUAGUAAUAAUAAUCAUAAUAAGUCAUUUAUAGUGAUUGACAAGUCAGGAUUGUUGUCAGCUGGGUGACAUGGAGCCACCAAUCCCAUCCCUACAAUCUCUCUUUCUGUCAUCAUUUUAUUAUGUAAUUGCAAAAAUACAAUGUCUUUAAAUAGUCUCUCUAUCACAGUGCUGCCUCAUACUUAGGCUCUAAAUCUACCUGGCAACCUGCAUUAAUGCUCGCUCAAGCUCAUGCUCUAAUGAUACUCUAUUAUGCAGAACAAACACUUGACAAAGCCCUCGACAACAAGUGCUUGUUUUUCCAGUGGACUGCACAUGAAGCCAUGUACCAUGGACCAAUUCUUUGCUUGCCAGAAAUAAAAUAGAAAUUCUCUCAAAUGGCUCAAAACAGAGGCCAUUUUGCCAAAAACAGUAAUGGUAGCUUAGUAUCCUUGUCAGGUUUUAUAAGAAUGUCCACCUGAACUCAACACCACGUCAUCUUUGAACUGCUUUCAGUCCUGACUUCUACUUUCACUUUCAC